UCAAUUCCCACCCUCUAUCUCCAUGGCUGUAGGUACAAGGCACUCCACUGUGCAGUUCAUGGAACUUGAAUCAUUAUCACUGAUGAAAUACGGGCUCUCGUAUAGAAAACAAUCUGUUCAUUUCUCCAACACUUGUAGACAAAGAUAUACUCAGCGUUGUUCAAUGUCGAUGAAUGGAUGCCAAGGCGAUCCAACAGUUCCUAUUGGAACCGUAGAAACUCGAUCGUUGCCUGCAGUUUCUAGCCUUUCAUUAGCUAUGGAACUUCUCAAUUCCACCAUCUCCGACAUGAUUAAGUCCGAUCAUCCGCCUUACGAUUCCGGCAUUAUUCGCCUCGAGGUGCCGAUUGAAGCGCAGUUUGAAGCACUUGAGUGGCUUCAAGCGCAGAACCAUCUGUUCCUCCCUCGCUGCUUCUUCUCCGGUCGAAGACCACCAACUGUUGCUUCUGAAGUGUGCAUCAACGAAACUUCUUCUCAUACUAAAUUGGUCAGUGUAGCUGGUGUUGGCUCUGCUGUCUUCUUUACUCAUUUACGUCCCUUUUCAUUAGACGAUUGGCGUGCUAUAAGAAGGUUUCUCUCCAAGAAAUGUCCACUAAUUCGUGCUUAUGGGGCAAUUCGAUUUGAUGCAACAACCAAUAUAGCUUCUGAAUGGAGUGCUUUUGGCUCAUUUUAUUUCAUGGUUCCUCAGGUUGAGUUUGAUGAGCUUGAAGGACGUUCAAUUAUUGCUGCAACUAUUGCAUGGGAUAAUGCUGCCUCAUGGACAUACCAGAGGGCAAUAGAUGCACUUGGGGCCACAAUAUGGCAGCUUUCCUCCGUUCCUAUGACAGUGGAGAAAAAAAUUCCUCAUUCUCAUAUAGUUGCCAAUACUCAUGUGCCGGGUAAAGCAUCUUGGGACCAUGCUGUUAAGCAUGCUUUGCAAAUAAUAAGCAGAAAUGACCCCGUACUGAUCAAGGUGGUACUUGCUCGUAGCACCAGAGUUGUGACAGCUGCAGACAUUGAUCCGCUAACCUGGCUUACUUGCUUAAAGGUUGAAGGACAAAAUGCAUAUCAGUUCUGUUUGGAACCUCCCCAUUCGCCGGCAUUCAUUGGAAACACUCCAGAGCAGCUAUUUCAUCGGGACCGCCUCAGCAUUUCUACUGAGGCUCUAGCUGGAACACGGGCUAGGGGUGGAUCAGAGCUUCUAGAUCUUAAGAUAGAACAGGAUUUACUAUCCAGUGCUAAGGACCAUAAUGAGUUUGCUAUAGUACGGGAGUGGAUAAGAAGAAGAUUGGAGGCUGUGUGUUCAAGCGUUGUAAUUGAACCAAAGAAAGCAGUAAGAAAAUUUCGAAGAGUUCAGCAUCUUAACGCUCAAUUGAGGGGGAGGCUCCAGGCUGAAGAUGAUGAGUUUAAGAUUUUGUCGUCCAUGCACCCUACUCCAGCAGUUUGUGGGUAUCCUACAGAAGAUGCACGGACUUUUAUUUCAGAAACUGAAAUGUUUGACCGAGGAAUGUAUGCUGGUCCUGUUGGUUGGUUUGGAGGGGAAGAGAGUGAAUUUGCUGUUGGAAUAAGGUCAGCUUUGGUUGAAAAGGGUCUUGGUGCAUUAAUAUAUGCGGGAACUGGGAUAGUGGAAGGAAGUGAUUCAUCUCUGGAAUGGGAAGAGCUAGAGCUGAAGACUUCACAGUUCACCAAAUUGAUGAAACUUGAGGCACCUCUUUUGACUAGAGGACGAAGUAGGAUUAUCAAUCAGAAUGAGAAAGGUUUUUCAUGCCUGCUGCGUCUUAUUUAGUUUGUCUACUCCUCUCUUUCUGAAAGCAAUUGUGGUUUCUGAAAUUAGGUGGGGAAAAGAGAAAAUUAUAUUUGUUGUUGUUGUUGUUUGUAUGCAAAUAUCAUCAGCCUGUCAAGGCAGGAUUUUAUGUGUCUUUUAAUCUAUUUAUGUGUACGCUUCUAGAUUAUUAGGCUUUUACCCCAUAGAGCAGUUCUAGCGUUAGAUAAGGUUAUGCAGACCAAUUCUUACUCUCUUGGGUUGUAAUCAGUUUCUGUUUGUGCUGUUUUUUCCUGAAUAACUAUUUUGCAUGAGUAGAAUAAUACUAAAGAACCUCUAUAUCUGAGGUAUUUUUGAAGAGGAGAUUUUCAUGUGUUGGAAUCUAAUAAAAUAUACUCCCACCAGUCAUGUUAUAUGAUAGUGUUAAACGAGAGACAGUUAUAAAUACUUAUAACAUACCAAAAGUACCGUUGGGUCAUUUGUUUUAUUAAGACGUCUGAAUCUAAAUAUACAUCUGAUUAUUAAGAUGUUAUCUCUAUAUCUGAAUAUUAAAUAAUUAAGACCGUUUGUUCUUAACAUUUGAAUGAGCAUAAAUUUGUUUCAUUUCAAAAUUAAUAAUGAACAUGAUAGGAAAGACGGUAAUAUGGGAUCAUAGACUCCCUGCUGUCGUAACCCUUG